GUAAGCUCUCCCACAUGAAGCCUGAACAAACACUUUUCCUCAUUUUACAGUUUCCUCUGCUGGCAAGGCAGGUGAAUUCAGGUGUGUCCUGGCUUAACCAUUAAACCUGCAGGGACACUCCACUGCUGACUACCAAGCUCACUGACACAGUGUCUGUCACCCGCUCCUGCAGUGAGGACAAAAUGUCAGAGAAGUUGCUUUUCCUGCUGUUUGUGGCACAUUCAUCAGCCAAGCAGCUCUGCAUACCAGAUGCGUUAAAUGGCUACAAAGUUCGACUCAGCAUCCAAACAGCUCUGGGAGACAAGGCAUAUGCUUGGAAUGACAAUGAAAUGUUCCUCUUCCAAGCAACACUGGCUUUCGCCAUGAGGAAUCAUUUUGACGGACAGAACUUCCAAGUGUCCAACAUCAUAGUUUGUGAUGAGACGCCGCGAGUGUCCUUCUGGUUUGUGGUGACGUCACCAACUAACACUUCCCGCCUUAUUGAUAAAGAAGAGGUGGAGCUGGCUGUCAGGAAGUCAAGGAACCGCAUCAAUAGCGCCUUCCUACUGACAGACAGAACACUGGAAUUUCUGGGCAUUGCGUCCACGCUGGCGGCACCACUCCAGCCUGAGACGCCACCGUGGCUCAUCGCCUUUGGGGUGGUCAUGGGUGCCGUGGGGGCCGCCUUUGUCAUCCUGCUUGCCUCCUCCAUUGUCCAGAAAAAACGGAAGAAGAAGAAUACGAAGGAGGAGGACACUGAGGACAUUGAGGACAGCGAUGGUGAGACACAGGCGACUGUGAAAAGGCUGGAAAAUGGCAAAGCCGGCCAAGAUUUAGGCGGUGUUUCAAAUGUCUCCUUUUUGGAUGACGAACGAGUCACGCAAAUGUAAUUAUUUUUCUUCAAAAUCACUGGAUUUGGGGAAAUCAUAUUCACAUACAUUUUGAUGCAUUAUUAUUAUUAUUAUUGUUGUUGUUGUCGUUGUUUUGAUCAGGGUGAAAGCUAAUCUGAGCUAAGCCAUUUAGCAUACAAUUAAAAUGCAAGCAUCAUUUUCUAUUUUGCAAAAUGCAAAUGAAUGCUUAUUUUGUGUGGAUGUUUUCAAAAAAGGUAAAAAAAAAAGCUGUAUUAUGUGACUUUACUGUUAACUCUUAACUGUUAACCUUCGCCAAUAUAUUCUUUUUAAACAUGACUUUUUCCAUCUUAAAAAUGUGAUACUGAAAUAAUGUAGUCAUGAUUAAAAAUAGGCUGAAUUAUGAGCUGUAUCGUGUUUAUUAACCUGCAUUUUUCUGAGUUAUGAGGCAGAUUUGGAUGCAGUCCCUUCGUGUAAAUAAUUGAAAUGCCUUCCAAUGUUGUGUGAAAAUCAAGCCAUCCCUAAAGCUCCUCGCUGGCUUUCAUCUGUUUGACGUUGCAGGCUAGAGAGUGACACUGCGGUGGCACUGGGAUUAAAACAAAGCAAAGCAGUUUACACAUCUGGAAAGCCCAUUUGGCAACUUCGACAGUCCAAAUGUGUCUAAGAAACAGAAACCAUUCAUUCAUUCACAUCUAUCCAUCAAUUUUCUAAACCGCUUAUCAUAUUGCAAAUUGUAUUUUGUGUUGGCAUCUGAGAGGCAAAAGAAUGUGCUGAGUGGAUGAUCUGCCCCAGGGGUGUUAAAAACUAUUUCUACUUGCGAGGACCACAUUGUGAAAAAUGAAAGGAUUCCACUUUGCUACUUCAAUAUUUUGUAAUAUGCCACGACAGUGGUUCCCAAUUACGUUUUCAAAUUGCUUGUUGAGCACGAUAAAUUUCUACAUUAUAUAUAUAUUUCAAGAAAAACGUUCAUCUCAGGUAAAAAAGCCUAUUAUCAAGAUGACAUAUUAUGCUCAUUUUCUGGCCCUUUGUAUUGAGUUGUAGACUCCCAUUGAGCAACUAACUAGCUAGCUAAGCUAAGAAUCUUCACCCAUUCCAGCUGCACUUCCUUGGCUUUCCAAAAUGGUCUUUUUUAAUUUAUUCCACCCAUGGCACGCCUCUAGGCACGCCCACUCCGCUGUGGCUACGAGUCAGUGUUUCGAGCUGUCAGAGCCAUCCUAAACUUCUUUCAAGGCUCACUUCCAAAUGCGCAAACCUCAUUAUCUGAAUGUUUGGCAUCUUUUCACACAAAAAUUCAACUUGUUAACAAUAUUUAUAAGUCAGAAAAGUGGAAAAGCAUAAUAGGUCCCUUUAACAUUUCUUCCAUUUAGAAACACUCAAAGUUCAAAUCUCCAUUCUAAUGAUGAACCUACUAGAUUGGACACAAGAAUUUAUUGACACACAUUUAUUUUGUUCCUCUGGCCGUGUCUUUUUGUUGUACUGAUGCCGUUCUGCUCUAUGUUACCUUUUUCGAUCUCGUUGUUGUUUUUCUUCCUUUCGUCCUCCUUCCGUAAUGGCGCCCUAAAUCCGCAACUUCUUCUCCUCCUUUGCCUUUUGUGGUAUUGCAGGUGUCUUUAACCGAGCAGAACAUCAACAUUGUGGGUGUUGUUGUCAACACAAUGUUGUAAACACAGAACACAAGGUGCGGACCAAUCGGGACACAGACACAACAUGUGGGUUCUCCCUUAGCCAAUGAGAGCAGAGCACAAUACACGGUCAUAUGCUGUUUACAGCAUUUAAAAAAAAACUUCUGCCAUUGCUUUUUACAUUAUCCCAACAAUUCGUCUUGUACAUUUUCUUGCUGUGAUUAUGAUUCUCAUAACCUUAUUCCAUUUUACUCAACCUCAUUUUCCAAAAAUGACAACUUCAGUCAAUGUUUUGUUUUUGAUUUUUAAAAAUUAUUGUCUUUCUUUAAUAGUUCAACUUUAUGCUCCUAAAAUGACAUUCUUGUAAAAUAAAAACUUAAUCUUGUUAGAUACGACUUUUUUCUCUUUAUAUAUUUGACUUUAGUCUUGAUGUUGAUUUUUCCAUUUCUGCUGCUGUUGUGGGUUUUCUGUAGUUUUCAUGUUAAAUUAUAUUUUUCACAUGUGCCGCAAGCCAAUGAAAGGAGAAAAAAACAUAUCCGUCCAGACGUGACUCAUCCAGCUUGUGUGUGUGUCCUUUGGUUCACGGUUCCAUUCCUGACCCACAGGUGACGAGUGCGUGCUUGUUCUUUAC